ACCAAGUUCCUUUCAACACCAGUUAGUGUUCCUCGACAUUAUACAGAAGACCUGAGUUACUCUCUGUGCUUCAACUAAGAUGAUGAGGACAGACCUCAAUGAGAUCCCUUUGGCCGACCCACGCACGAAUUCUCAAGGUUCAGGGAGAGCCAAGAUCAUGGCACUGGGCAAGGCCUUCCCAAGCCAACUGAUCCCCCAGGAGUGUGUGGUAGAAGGCUACACCAGGGACACCAAAUGUGAAGACCCAGUGAUCAAGGAGAAGCUGGAGAGGCUCUGCAAGACCACCACAGUGAAGACAAGGUACACAGUAAUGUCCAAGGAGAUCCUGGACAAGUACCCUGAGCUAGCCACAGAAGGCUCACCAACCAUCAAGCAAAGGCUUGACAUUGCCAAUUCUGCAGUCCUAGACAUGGCCAUGGAGGCAAGCCUAGCCUGCAUCAAGGAAUGGGGCAGGCCACUGACAGAGAUCACCCACUUGGUCUAUGUAACAUCAAGCGAGAUCCGCCUUCCCGGUGGCGACCUCUACCUUGCUAGCCAACUUGGCCUGAGGAACAGUGUCGGCCGCGUCAUGCUAUACUUUCUAGGAUGCUACGGAGGUGUCACUGGACUAAGAGUGGCAAAGGACAUUGCUGAGAACAACCCUGGAAGCAGAGUUCUUCUGACAACAUCUGAGACGACGAUCCUCGGCUACCGACCACCGAACAUGGCGCGCCCCUAUGACCUGGUUGGUGCUGCACUGUUUGGCGAUGGAGCUGCAGCAGUCAUUGUGGGAUGUGACCCUCUAAAUGGCAAGGAAAGGCCAUUCAUGGAGUUGGAAUAUGCAGUGCAACAGUUCUUGCCGGGAACGGAGACCAUAAUAGACGGGAGGCUGACAGAGGAAGGCAUAAAUUUCAAGCUAGGGAGGGACCUGCCUCAGAAGAUUGAGGACCAUAUUGAGGGGUUCUGCAGAGGACUCAUGAAGAGGGCUCGUGUGCGUGACUUCAAUGAGAUGUUUUGGGCCAUCCACCCUGGUGGCCCCGCCAUACUGAACAGGCUAGAGAGCCAUCUUGGGCUAAGUGCAGAGAAGCUUAACUGUAGCAGAAGAGCACUCAUGGACUAUGGGAAUGUUAGCAGCAACACCAUAUUCUACGUGAUAGAUUACAUGAAGGAGGAGUUGAAGAGGGAGGGAGCAGAAGAAUGGGGUCUUCUUCUUGCCUUUGGCCCAGGGAUCACCUUUGAAGGCAUGCUUGUUCGCAGCCUAGAUUGAGUACCACUACAUAUAGCAGA